AGUUGUUGUCGCAAAGAUGCCCAUUCCCACCACCAGAAAACUAUGCGCUCUCAGCUCCUUUUUCCGUUCGAAUUUAGGCCGCAAACCCAAAAUCGAAGCAUCUUGCAUUUUAAGAGGAUUCUUUUUAAGGAAAAUGGUAAAGAAGAAAAAGGGAAAAGAAUACCAAAGAUACCAUGUAUACCAGACCCUCCUACUGGGGAUAUUCCACCUAAACGAAAGGAGGUAUUUCGUGUGAGGAAACAAGAAUGGAUGUCUAAAUACACUAACGAGGACCAAUCUGCCAAGUUACUUGGUAAGUGUGCAAAAAGACUAGGAUCAAAAGCUAUUGUUGAGGUGUUUGGCCAUCUGGGUAGGGAAACAGAUCUCAAAGAAGGCUAGCUAGGGAAGGUGAUGAUGAGAAUAUUGCUAUAGAAGAAUUGAGUAAGGCUUUUCAGCUUCUCAAAAUAGUGAGGGAAUAUUGUUUUCACUAGGAGAGCUAACAUAUCACCCACUUCUUCAGUAUUUAAUUGAUAUGGGUAUGGUUUGACAAUUUCAACUUUUCUCUGAUGUUAGUAUGAAAUGAUGCUAGUUGGCUGUAUGGAGAGUAGAGUAUUAGUACUUCUUUUUAAUUCUGAUUUGUUUCUUAUGUUCUUAUUUUACUAUCGUAUCCGAGCACC